AUGGCCAUCGGAGAGACCAUUGUAGGUUCCCUCUUGCAGGUCCUGCUCGACAAGCUGUUUUCUUGGGGAUUGGACGUUGUGCAACGAGAAGGAAUCAGCACCGCCCAGCUCAAUAAGUGGAAAAGGAUGCUGGUCACAAUCAAUACAGUGCUGGAUGAUGCAGAGGACAAGCAAUUGAGCGGUAACCGUCUAGUGAAGCUGUGGCUGGAUGAUGUUAGGGACCUGGCCUAUGACUUGGAAGACUUGCUCGAUGAGUUCGCGCUCGAAGCUGCUCAGGCCACGUUCAAGGCUGAAUCCAGCAGCAGCAGAGGUCAGGUGAAAAGGAAGUUCCCUUUCUUUGGCCAAGAUGAAUCCUCUGGAUCGAAUCCGAACCUGCGGGCACUCGUGUCUGAAACCAAGGUACAGGAAAUCGAUGACCGGUUGGAAGAGAUAGCCACCCGGAGGGCUUGUCUAAGCUUGAGAGAGACUGCUGAGGACAGAUCCAACUACACCAACAGAAGGCUCCCCAGCACUUCUCUGCCAGAGCCUCAGUUUUUCGGUAGGGAAAAGGAAGAAGCGGAGAUACUCGAACUAUUGACCGGUGAAGCCGAAAAUGAUACCACACUGGGCAUAGUUCCCAUAGUUGGGAUGGGUGGGGUUGGAAAGACGGCCUUGGCUCAAAGGCUUUUUGAUAAUGAUAGAGUGAUUAGAUGUUUUGAGAGCAGAGCAUGGGUAUGUGUUUCAGAUGUUUUUAAUGUUCUCGACAUAACAAAGAAUAUUUUGCAGUCGAUCACUGGCUUAUCUGGCGAGGGCAAAGAUCUUAACUGGGUUCAAGUUAAGUUGAAGGAUAGUUUAUUGGGGAAGAAGUUUCUUGUAGUCUUAGACGAUGUGUGGAAUGAGAAGUACGGAGAGUGGACUACACUCUUGAAGCCAUUUGAAGCGGGGGCUAAAGGAAGCAAGAUCAUCCUCACGACUCGCAACCUUUCUGUUGUUUCCAUGACAGGAGCUUCGCCCUAUCCUUUGGAGGUGUUGUCCCUUGAUGAUUGUACAAGAUUAUUAGCCUAUCAUGCUAUUGGAGCAACAAAUUUUGAGAGGCGCCCAGAUCUUGAAAUAAUAGGCCAGAAAAUGGCUGAAAAAUGUAAAGGUUUACCUUUAGCAACGAAGAUAUUGGGCGGUCUCCUUCGUAAUAAAGGGAAUUCAGAUGAAUGGGAAGCCAUCUUAAAUAACAGGAUGUGGGAUCUACCGACGGAAGAAAAUGGUGAGGUUCUCCCAGUUUUGAAAUUAAGCUAUGUCCAUCUUCCUUCUUAUUUGAAGAGAUGUUUUGUUUAUUUUGCAAUAUUUCCUAAGGAUUACCAAAUUGAGAGGGAUGAGCUGGUACUCUUAUGGAUAGCAGAGGGCUUUUUAGAUGGACGAAAAGCAAAGGAGAAUAUCUUGAGCUUAGGACGGAAUCACUUCGAUGAGUUAGUAUCCAGAUCAUUUCUUCAACAAUCGAGAGUUGACUCAUCUAGAUUUUCAAUGCAUGAUCUUUUGAAUGAUCUAGCAAAGUCAAUUGUGGGUGGGACAUGCUUUAGCUCAGGGGAGUUUCAGCUGGUAGGUAAUGAAGAUGAUGUGUCUCUUGAAAAAGCACGUUAUGCAUCCUUCAUCACGUCGUGGUGUGUUACGUCAGAAUCCUUGAGAAUAUAUGAUGCAAUGAAGGUACUAAGAAGUUUAAUCUUGCUGAAUGUUGACCAUAAUCAUGGACGAUUCCAUAUGUCCAACAAGGUGCUGCAUGACUUGCUAACAAAAUUGAACUACUUGAGGGUGUUCUCCUUAUGUCAUUGUGACAUCACAGAGGUACCGAAUUGUAUUGGUGGCAUGAAACAUUUGCGGUAUCUCAACUUCUCAUAUACUAAUAUUGAAAUGCUACCCGAGUCAAUAGGCACCUUGGGCAAAUUACAAGCUCUGAUCUUAAGAGGUUGUCAAAAGCUUUCUAUGUUGCCCGUAGGUAUCACAAAGUUGGUCAGCUUACGGUUUCUCGACAUUAGAGACACAAGGAGCCUAAAAGACAUGCCAUUGAGUAUAAGUGAUUUGAAGAAUCUUAUUAUCUUGUCCAAGUUUGUGGUCGGAAAUGAGAAAGGGUCACGGUUAAAGGAGUUAAAGAACUUGCCAUAUCUUCAAGGAGGAUUACUCAUAUCAGAAUUGCACAAGGUGGAAGAAGUAAGAGAUGCUGAUGAUGCUAAUUUGUUUGAAAAGCAAGGCCUUAGCAACUUAUCCUUGCAUUGGGCUGAAGACAAUGGAAGUCUCCGGAACAAUGAGCGCGAAGCACAGGUGCUUCAAUCUCUACGACCCCACACUAAUCUUGAAAAUCUCAGUAUCUUGUUCUAUGGUGGUGCCACAUUCCCUUCCUGGCUAGAUGGUCCAUCUUAUUCUAAGAUAGUCUCUUUAUGCUUGCGUGGCUGUCCUAAGGUCCGAUCGUUGCCAUCACUUGGACAGCUACCUAAACUCGGAGAACUAUCUCUUGAAGGUCUACAUGCAGUAAGCAUGAUAGGCUCUGAAUUUUACGGAACUAAACAGCCUUUUUCAUCCUUAACAACUUUGAAGUUUGAACAGAUGUUGUCAUGGAAAGAUUGGUCUUGUUAUGCCAGCGCCCAAGGAGAAGUGAUGUUCCCUAGUCUUCAGCAUCUUGUUGUCCGGAAUUGUCCUGCAUUGAUCAGGAUAUUGCCUUGCAAACUUGAUCAUCUCAUAAAGCUUGAAAUUCGUUCAUGCCCACUUUUGAAUAUCUCGACUAGUGUGGUUUCUCUUCCAUCUCUUCGUGAGUUAUACCUUGAGGAUUGUGACAAGGACAUCCUAAAGAGCAUGGUCGACCUAACUUCUUUGACCAUUCUUGAAAUCGAAAAUCUUACGGGGCUUGUUUGCUUUGAUGAUGGGUUUAUGAGCUGCUUAGUCAAGCUGAAGGAGCUUCAGGUAAGACGUUGUGACAAGCUAACAUACCUGUGGCAAGAUGAAAACGAAACACGAAAGCUUACUUGCCUUAAAACAGUAGUCAUCGAAAGAUGCCCUCAAUUGACAUCUCUAGUACUAGGAGAAGAGCUUCCCUGCAAUCUUGAAUGGAUGGAAUUUGCGGAUUGCAUGAGUUUAGAAAAGCUUCCAAACAAGAUGUACGCCUUCAACUCUCUCAGACAUUUGAGUAUUGAUGACUGUCCAAAACUCAUGGGACAAACCAUUCCUCCCGGUGAACUCAGCAGCAGUAGUACGAUGUCCCAACUUGAAUAUCUGCGGAUAAGCUCAUGUGGUUCACCGAUAUCCUUUCUGUUUGCCAAGAGCAGACUUGCUGCUCUGAAGACACUUAACAUUUACGGAUGCAAGGAAGUGGAGUCGCUGGAAGAGAUUGUUGUAGAAUCGCUCAAUUCUAUGAGCAUUUACCACUGUGAGAAUCUGCGAAGCCUACCACAGUGCCUGCACAUGCUCUCCCAUCUCACUCAAUUGUACAUAGAGGACUGUCCAGAAUUGCAAGUGGAGUGCUUCCCUCCCUUUUCCAUCACCCCGUCGCAUCUUACCCUUGAUAAAUGUCCAAAGUUUAAGUCUCUACCAGAUCAGUGGCGUCAUCUUUCAAAUCUCCAGACGCUUACAAUUAGGAGGUGCGAAAAUAUCAAAGGUAUCCCCGAAGGAGGCUUGCCUCCCAAUUUGUUGGAGCUCACUGUUGACGGAUGUGAGAAUCUGAAACAGCCAGUGAGAGAGUGGGGCUUACACAUGCUCAAAUCCCUCAAGUAUCUAGAAAUUGAUUGCAGCAUGGGAGGUGAGGGAGAGAAGGUGUCAUUUCCUUCGGGGCAGAACGAGGAUGGAUGGAGUGCUCUGUUUCCUUCCUCUCUAACCUCUCUUUGGUUGAACAACAUGAGGAACGUGGAAAGACUAUCAAGCGGUCUUCGCAACCAUCUCUCCUCCCUGGAGGACUUACGGUUGGAAGGUUGCCCGAAGUUGAGGUACUUGCCGGAGGAUGGCUUCCCUCCCUCCCUCCGAGUGUUGCGCAUCUUCAGAUGCGAGAUGAUGAAAGAUCGAUGCUCCAAACUCAACGGAGAGUAUUGGCACCUCAUCCAAGAAAUCCCUUACGUCCGCAUUGGGGACGAUCGGAUCCAAUGA